GAUGAGUCCAUGUUCAUGGUGAAGGGCAAUGAUUCUGACGCGUCCGUAAUUUGUAAGACUAGAGAACGGUUCCAGCAAAGACAUAUAUUUCCUACAGUGAAGUUUGGGAAAGGUUCUGUAACGGUAUGUGGAUGUUUCUGGACAGGAGGCUCCAGACCUCUCGUGGCUCUUGAAGGCUCAGUCAACAAAGAUGUAUAUGUCGACUGUUUAUCCAAUGACUUUGAUCCAUGGUACCAGAAAUUAAAUGAGGAACAUGACACAUUUUUCACCUUCCAAGAAGAUGGCGCCAGCUGCCAUACUGGCUCUUAUACAACAUGGUGGAAGAGUCAUUGGCAGAUCAAGCAAUUUGACUACUGA